AUGGCUGCCCUUACCAUGAAGGCACGCAACAUAAUUGGAGCAUUCGGCAAGUUCCAAGAGCAGCACUCAGCAAAUCACACCAUUUUGGAGACGAACAAGCCUCAGCCUGGAGAGGUCGCUUCGUAUGCGGCCUAUCUUUCAGAUCAUAAUCUGGAGGUGGGGCAUAUGAAUCAUCACCCUGACAAGUGGCAAGAUCUCUACAAACAUUCCCGCGCGUGUGCCAAGUUGCUUCACGCAGAGGGUAACGUCAGCUUUGAGUUGCUUCUCUGGCAAACUUCUAUGAAAGCGUUACGAACUUUGUUCGUUGAUUUUUGA